GGUUAGGUGCAUGGUAAAGUGGUAAAGAUCCUCACCCAGUCAGAGACAAAUCAUGUGACAGGUCAAGUUCGAACCUCCACAGUGAAACCAUAGAUAUAGAUAGUGUAGAAACUCACUGCUUCAUGAACCUUGGUGCUGUGUUCCUAUCAGAAGGAUUGGACCUGAACCCACCACUGAUCGCUUCAUGGCCAUCAUGCAUGGGCCUAAUGAGCAAGUCACUCCUGGAAAUGCUUUAGCUGUCGACCAAACACUACAGUUCGGUGCCUUGCAGUCGUUUGGAAACGCUUUCUUGAGCCGAUUCGAGGCUUCAAGUCCAGUCCUCGAGAGUAUAACCCUCAUCGACACUCAGGGAGUAUUAUUGGGAGAGAAGCAACGUUUACAUCGAGGAUACUCUUACUUUCUAGUGUUUGAUACUCAAGAAAAGCCGACCAAGUUCCAAGUGAGAGUUCAGAGCACUAAUCGACUGAUGUUGCCCCCCACUCUCAGUCUGUGUAUACUGUUACUGAUAUUCCGCUUACUGUUACAGUCAGGAGAUGUUGAAGCAAACCCUGGACCAACGCUUGGCUCCAUUCUGACUAUCGAUGAUUUGAAUUCUGUUAACGAGAAACUGAUACAAGUCGCUGCAGACUGGUUCUACCUGGGACUUGCCCUGGGAUUACGUCAUGGAACCCUCAAAGAUAUAAGAGAUGACUAUCACGGGAACAAGGACUAUCUAUGUGAAAUGCUAGCUGCUCGCUUGAAGACUAGCCCUCCUCUCACUUAUUCUAAAAUAUGUCAGAGUCUCAGAUCACCAACAGUUGAUCGAGAUGUUCUCGCUGCGACUAUAGAGAAGGAAUGUACAGAGGACGAUACUUCACUAGGGCCAUCUAUGAGGCAAACAUUAUCCACAACGACUCCUGGACCAACCAGUGGUGCUGGACUCACAGAAGGCUUUGGAAUUUCAAAGCUAGAUACGGUGAUAAAAGAUGAAGAUCUGAUUCAUUUGGCCCGUUAUUUUGAUAGUGCUACACUUCUUGCUGCCUCAAUAUCACUAGACCCUCAUGAAGAAGGUGAUGUAAGGAGAGCAGAGAACACAAGGAUUGCAGUACAAGUAUGCCUAAAAUGCUGGAAAAGAAGAAAACCCAAAGAAGCAACAUAUCAAGCACUUCUAACUAUUGUACGCAGGCUGGGAAAAGAGGACACAGCCAUUAGCAUUGAAAAUUUUUGCAAUUCGCUACCAUGAUGUGUAAAUGUAUAUAUAUAUAAUAUGUGCGACUGGUCUAGUCUAUAUAAAAUGUUGUCAUACUAUUUUUGUGAAAAUGUAUUAUUUUAUUGCUGA